CUGCGUCACUCUGACCAAAUCGGUUUCACCUCCCUGCCUUGUUGACAGAGGAAGGAUGUUGCACAUGGCUCGGUUCUGAUGGGACUCCGGCCCACAACAGCUACACUUCUGAUUCUGAACGAUCUGGAGAAGCAAGGACCGAUCAGGACGCGUCUACGUCAUGGAGACAUAGUCGGGAUUUAUUUCUGCUUGUUGCUGCGGCUGCUGCCUAAAAUGAACCUGCGAUGGGUUUGAUGGAGCUAACUGGCGUCGGAGCUUCGCAUCAAUGCCUUUGAAUAUUAGGGACACCCUUUCUGCCGCAUCAUGGAAGGAAAUCAAAGUAACUACUGGGGCCGCCAAGAACUGCACGGAGUGUGCUUCGGCCUGAGCGCUGACAUGGACCACAACCUGACGGAGCUUCAGCAGCAACAAACGGCCAGGGAGUUUAACCCCACCCGGUUUCCUGCUUUCUACUCCGAUGCUUACCGGUUAACGUCGGCUAAUGUUCCGCAUCCCUGCGAAGGAGACCAGGUGGUCCCUUCGUCCCAGAGAAGAGGCCGCCAGAAAGAGGCCAAACCCCUCCCUCCUUUGCCUGACCCUGAGGACUUUAUGUCAGAUGAAGCUGCAGACAGUGAGGUCGAAUUCUUUGCCAGCGACCGCCAGCGCCUCCUGCCCAAAAGCUGCCCAAAGGCGAUGACCAGAAGCAGCAACAAAAACUGUGGUCAGGUAAAUUUUGCCUACCAGGUGGGCUCACUGGGGAUGAGGUCUGCUGGAUCCGACUCCAUCGCUUUCUCCUGGCCAAGCAGAGAGGACAGACCACUGGGCAGAGGAAGCAGAAUUGCAGCAAACUUUGAUCAAUUUGCUCAAGAGAAAAGAGACAACCAGCACGAGGUGUCUUCUAUUGGAGGCAAACUGUCAGACCAAGCCCAGCCAUCCUCCAGAAACCGAUUUUCCUGCUCGGGUCUUCCUUCUGACCUGCAUAUGAGUUAUCCGCCCGUCCUCCUUGAAAAACCUCGAAUCCCUCCUCGCAUCCCCAUCCCGCCUAAACCCUCAGCUUCCUCAAAGCCAGCGAGCGCCAACGACGACGAAAAGCCUCCCAAGGUCCCCCCACGCGUCCCCUUGGUCCCGCCCUGCCCGCCGCGCACCCCGAGCCCCAAAAGUCUCCGGAUAUACAUCAACGGCAUGAUGCCCAUCACGAAGAGUUUCGCUGCUAAUCCAAAUUAUGUGAGCAAGACCGUACAGAGGCAGCAGAGUGAAAGGGCCCUGCCGGUGGCACAGUUUUCUCCCUGCAUCGUUCCCAUUUUGAAGGACGGCAAACAGGCCAGCACCACACACUACAUCCUGCUGCCGCCGGGGCAGCACACUCACGCCGAGAGACGGGGAAGGCUCCUGAGCGAGCCCAACAGGACGGGAUGUGUGUGGCAGAAAAGAUAGACACCUUCCAAUGAGUAAUGCAAAGCAAGUGACUUACAUUAGGCAUGGGCCAGUAAAACUGUCUUAUGGCAUAACUUUUAGUAAAAAGAAAAACUGUAUCAUGGUAUUAAUAUGAAAAAAGGUAUGCAUUUGGUUGCUUUUAAGAGCUUCUUAUGGAGAGCAUUAUAUGUUUUUGCCAUUCUUUAUAGAGUAACACUUGGAGUCUGUUAAACUGUGAAUAAAUGUAAAAAAUGCUGAUUUGCAAAAUGCUUCCACAUCAUAUCAAGGUGUGAUGUGGAAAAUAACAGCAAAGAAUACCUGUUAGGUGUAAUUCAAUGUAAAACCACCUAAUUUAAAAAGCAGCUUUAGAAUUGAAGAUGAGAAGAAAAAAAAGUAGCCUUUGUCCAGUCAGCCGAUAUCAACAAGUAGGAGAACACGACCCGUCCAGUAUUCCUCUUCAUUCUCAUUAAAAUGACUUUAAGCCACAGGAACGAUGAGACAGAAACUUCUAGCAUUAACGGUUUUAAACCAAGCUAUACCUUGAUACCAUCACUGACCCAUGCCUAACUGACAUUGUUAUUGUGUACAUGAUACACUGCUGUACUUAUGUUAUCAUCUGUCACUCAUUUAUUUUAUUUUGGUUUCACUGUGAUUUGUUUUUGACUGAAUAUCCUACCGGUCAGUAUUUUUAAGAGACAUUUUUACUGUUCAACCCUACAACAAUAAAGUACGGCACUCAGUAUUUCUCUAGUAGUGGAGGAAACACACUUACCUCAUUUAACAUUUUUCACUGAGAAGUAUUUCUCAAUUAAUUACAAAGUCAUCAGUUGUUUUUUUUUUUUAGUUUAAAUAAACAAAACUUGUAGUUAUUACCCACAGAUUGAUAUAUUUUUCAUGUGUUUGUUUCUGUUUGUGAUUAGAGGUUUUCAUUAACUAAGCUAGAAUGAUCGAAAUAAAAACAAAAACAUUUCAAAUAUAUCACUAUGUGUAAUGACAGUUAGAUUACUUUUCAUGACCUGAUAUUCUAUUUUAUUGAGAUAUAUUUGUCCUGCAGUUUUUUUAAUGUGUAAUUACUGAGUAGUGCUUAUUGCAAAGUUGUGCUAAUGUCACUAAAACCAGCCUCAACCAAUACUGUUUUCCUUAAGAGAGCACAUAAUUAAAGGUACAAGCUGGGCUUGUGCCUAUGUUCUGUUCGCACAAGUUGUUGUUUUUUUUCCUGAUAAUUCUACUUAAGGCGUCUAACAUAUUCACAGAUGUAAUAUUUUCAGAUCAUUUUAAACAUUCGGACUGAUGCUAAAUCUGACAGUGAAGAACACAGCCUAUUAUCAGAAGAGACCUUGAAGUGUUUUCUGUCAUAAUUUUCAGGUUCUGAUUUGAUCAUUUUGCCUAUUUGAUAAAAUAGGCAAACAGAUCUUAACAUCCAACAACCUAACUUUUUGAAUUUUUGUUGCACACAUUCCAACUAGAACGUAUUACAUUAAAAGAUGUAAUUAGACAUCUGAAUACAAAAACUCACACCUAAAGUUCAAAUGAAAUGUGAUCAAGGAAUCACUUCACUUAGUUUUUUGGGUUUUUUAAGAGUUGCUUCUUUCUACAUACUAUCCUAAUCCCCUUUAGGUCUUCUGCCUAUUAUUUAAUUUUUCCAGACAAAGGAGGCCUACUUAGUUCAAAUCAAAUUUCACCUUUAUGAUAAUUUAUUCCCAUAUGUAAAUUUUUUGCCAGCAUUGGUUUAGUUGACAUGGUAACUACCCGCGUUGGAUUUAUUUUUUACAGAGAUUUGUGGAUGAAAUCCAGUUACGUUUACACUGCUGAAGUUCAGACUCAUGUUUACAACCUUUGUUACACCGACUUUAUGAAGUUCUUAUAAAGGUUCAACAUGGAUUCAGGCCCUUGAAAGGCUGCAGAUUGUAAUAUUGUUUUAUGGUUUAUUUAAUGAAAUAAAUAACUUAUUCAUUGUGUAA